GAGCGAAACAUCCCCAUGCCGUUAAAAAUAAUUCCCCGCUCAGCUGUGCCGUCGUUCAACAGUUCAGUUCGCAAACACUCGCCGUCAAACGCGCUCACGUCCGAUCCGAUGAAAGUCCUCUUCGUUUGCAUCGGCAACUCGUGCCGUUCGCCGAUGGCCGAAAGUGUGCUGAAAAGUAUGGCGUCCGAGCACGGGCUCACCGACUGGUACGUGGACAGUGCGGCACUGCGCGAGUGGAACGUGGGCCGCGGGCCGGAAGAGCGGGCGCUGGCCGUGCUGGCCGAGCACGGGCUCACCUCCGACCAUGUCGGCCGGCUGAUCGGGGUGGACGAUUUCCGUCAGUUCGAUUACGUCUUCGGCAUGGACGAGUCGAACGUGGCCGACCUGCUGCACCGGGCACCGGUUGACGGGCGGGCGAAAAUAGAGCUGCUCGGGAACUACCGGGGCAAAGAGCUGGACCGCAUUAUCAUCGAUCCGUACUUUGAACACGGCAUACAUGGAUUUCGGCGGUGCUUCGAUCAGAUCAUGAUUUGCUGCGCCAAUUUCAUCAAAACCCACGGACGUACGGGGCAGUGAUUGGAGGACAGGUUUGUGGAAUAAAUGCAGGGUGUAAAUAAAGCUCAGCGUAUUAAAUAUCCAAAAGCACUUUAGUAGAAAACCCACA